AUGUUUUUCAAAAAGCAUGAAAUGGAUAAACGAGCGGUGCAGGUUUCCUUCAGGGACAGAGAGAAAAUUGAAGAGCUAGAGCAACUUGUGAAAGAUUUGAGGAACAAGGUCAAGGAGGCGAAUGGGAAGGCUAAUGAAGCAGAAGGUGCCCAGCUUGCGCAGGAAAAAGAGCUCAAACGACUCAAGGCCAAUCUCAAACUAUCGCAACAAGAAAAUGACGAUCGUCAAAAGCGAAUGGAAGAAUCGACAGGAGAAAUGAACUUAUUACGGACAUUCCGCGAUCAAGAACUCAAUACAACUAAAAAGCUUCAAAAUGAAAACGAAGCUCUUCAAAGAAAACUUCAUGACGAAAACGCAGCGCUUCAAAGAAUAAUUCAAGCCCAGGAAGACGGGAAGACGCGAGAAGCAAUGCUCGGCGCUCAAGUGGCCGAAAUUGAAGCCGAAAAUCAACAACUCCAAGAAGAGUUGGAAGACAAGCAUCAGCAAAUUAAUGAUCUUGAGACGCAACUUCAGGAUGUUGAAGAAGAGGGUCAAAGGCAUCAACGUCUUGCGGCGUCAAGAAAGAAAAAACUCAAAGAAAUGCGCAAGCUUCAGACAGCUCUGGAAGAUGUUCGUGAUUUGGUCAAUAAAGCGAUCGAAGAUAGAAAUCAUGGCAUGAGGAUGAACGACAGAUUCGACGAAAUUUUGGAAGCGCUGCGGAAUCUCGAUGGUCGUAUGAAUCAAAGAGGACACAGAAGAACAAAUCGUGUCCUUGACGCGAUCGCGGAGCUAGAAUGCGGCCUCGACGACCUUCAAAUUCCAAGUCACUUUCACAAACUAAAUAAACGUCUUACGCGCUUACGGGAUCAUCUGGAAGCUGACGCGAAUAACAAAGACGACGAGUUCUUUUUUGUCCCAUCAGGUUACAGGCCCAAAGAAGCUCCCGGAAAUGACGAAAAAGUGAGGGUAGAUGAAAAUGCAGAGUUUGAAGCACGUCCGCCAAAGUUCAAAGGAUAUAUUCCCGUGAAAGUCCACAAUGGAGAAGCAGUUUAUCCAGUGACGCUGAAAGUUAAAAAGAAGAAACGACGCCAGCCAAAAUACGAUAUCACAAUCACUAGUGAUCCGAUUCCUCUCGCCCUAGAAGCGUCUGCCCGGCAAUUGCACAAACUUGGUUACUGA